AUGGGGGGCAAGACCGCGAGCAAAACCCAAUACUUCGAGAAGCUGAAGGGACUGCUGGAUGAGCAUCGCUCGAUUCUCAUCGUCAAUGUCGAUAAUGUCAGCUCCCAGCAGAUGCACGAGAUCCGCCACAGCCUGAGAGGCGAGGCGGUUGUUCUCAUGGGAAAAAAUACCAUGGUUCGUCGUGCCAUCAAAGGCUUCGUCGCCGACAACCCGGAAUAUGAGCGUCUCUUGCCUCAUGUCAAAGGCAACGUUGGCUUCAUCUUCACCAACGCGGACCUGAAUGAGGUCAGACAGAAGGUUGUGUCCAACAGAAUUGCUGCUCCUGCUCGUGCCGGUGCCAUCGCCCCUCUCGAUGUUUACGUCCCCGCUGGUAACACCGGUAUGGAACCCGGUAAAACCUCUUUCUUCCAGGCUCUCGGUGUCCCCACCAAGAUUGCUCGUGGUACCAUUGAAAUUACCACCGAUCUGAAGCUCGUUGAAGCUGGCUCAAAAGUCGGUGCUUCCGAAGCCACCCUCCUCAACAUGCUGAACAUCUCUCCCUUCACGUACGGUAUGACUGUUGCCCAGAUCUACGAUGAGGGUCAGACUUUCAGCCCUGAGGUUCUGGAUGUCAGUGAGGAGCAGCUCUUGGCCAAACUCCAGUCUGCCAUACGUACCAUCACCGCCAUCUCUCUGGCUACCAACUUGCCAACUUUGCCAUCCGUCAUGCACUCUCUGGUCAACUCCUACAAGAACUUGAUUGCGAUUGCCCUCGAGACAGAAUAUGGCUGGAGCGAGGUUGAGACCCUCAAAGACCGCAUUGCCAAUCCUGAAGCAUAUGCUGCUGCUGCUCCAGCUGCAGCUGCAGCAGAAACAAAGGCAGAGGAGACCAAGGAGGCUGCCAAGGAGGAAUCGGAGGCUGAGGAGAGCGGAGAGGAAGGAUUCGGUGACCUUUUCGGUUAA